AUGGAGCCUCCCAUGGAGCUUCUAGAGGCAGAAGCAGGCAUGUUAUUAAAGUCUAGAUCAACAGUUACUGAUGCUAUCAUUGAUCUCGCUGGAGGAACAUUAGGUGGUAUCACCAGUGUCUAUGUUGGACAGCCAUUGGACACCGUCAAAGUGAAGAUGCAGACAUUUCCAACAUUGUACACAAAUGGACUUAAUUGCUUCAUGCAGACUUUCAGACAGGACGGUAUUGCACGAGGUCUUUAUGCCGGAACAUUGCCCUCUUUGGCUGCCAAUGUCUCGGAGAAUGCCGUUUUAUUCUGUUUUUAUGGUGUAUGCCAGAAGCUGGUAGCUAAAGUUGUUGGUGGUAAAGAGGUGAAAUCAUUGAAUCCCCUGGAGAAUGCAGUGUCUGGAGGAAUGGCUGCAUUUUUUUCAUCGUUCGCCUUGUGUCCCACAGAGCUGAUCAAAUGCAGGCUUCAGGCAAUGAGGGAGAUGGCCACCAAGGGACAGGUGGAGGGUGGACUAGACAGGCUUAAAAUUGGUCCAUUUGGCCUGACAAAGGAAAUUUUACAAAGGGAAGGUUUUCGGGGGCUUUUUAAAGGUCUGACAGCCACAUUUAUGAGAGAAAUGCCCGGCUACUUUUGCUUUUUUGGCGGGUAUGAAGUCAGCAGGCACUUGUUGACCCCUCCUGGAAAGACCAAAGAUGAAAUAGGACCAGCAAGAACAAUUAUAUGUGGUGGCUUUGGUGGGGUGGCACUGUGGGUGUCCAUUUUCCCUGCCGAUGUUGUCAAGUCUAGGAUUCAGGUGCAGUCAGUGUCAGGCGUCACUCCAACAUUCAGAGCAAUGUUCUUGAAGAUUUUACGACAAGAAG